GAUUUCCUUUAUUUCCUUAUUUUCUUAAGCCCUGUCACUUCUCAAGGCCUUAAUAAAAUUUACUCUGAUGAGGUGAUCUUCAUUUGUUUACUAUAACUGACUAGAUCAUCAGCUAUAGCCCCAUUCUUUUUUUUUUUUUUUUUUUUUUUUGAUACUGAGUCUCGCUCUGUCACCCAGGCUGGAGAGCAGUGGGGCAUCUUGGCUCACUGCCAGCUCCGCCUCCCGGGUUCACGCCAUUCUCCUGCCUCAGCCUCCAGAGUAGCUGGGACUACAGGCGCCUGCCACCACGCCUGGCUAAUUUUUUGUAUUUUUAGUAGAGACGGGGUUUCACUGUGUUAGCCAGGAUGGUCUCGAUCUCCUGACCUCGUGAUCCACCCGCCUCGGCCUCCCAAUGUGCUGGGAUUACAGGCUGAGCCACCGCGCCCGGCCUAGCCUCAUUCUUUUACAAUAAGAUAACAUGAUAUAUGUUGAUACAACACGUUUUCUUUCUUUUUUGAGACGGAGUCUGUCUCUGUCGCCCAGGCUGGCGAGCAGUGGGGCGAUCUUGGCUCACUGCAAGCUCCGCCUCCUGGGUUCACGCCAUUCUCCUGACUCAGCCUCCCGAGUAGCUGGGACUACAGGCACCCGCCACCUUGGCCGGCUAAAUUUUUGUAUUUUUAGUAGAGACGGGGUUUCACCGUGUUAGCCAGGAUGGUCUCGAUCUCCUGACCUCGUGAUCCACCUGCCUUGGCCUCCCAAAGUGCUGGGAUUACAGGCGUGAGCCACUGCGCCCGGCCAACACGUUUUCUUAAGAUUAAACCUGUUACAUAAAUGAUCGUUCAUAAUUUUUGGAAGCACACCUGCCCUUAGUAUCCUGUUUUUCCACUGGGUGCUUUCUGCAGAUGGCCAACGUAGCCAUCACAGUCGGAUUCUUCCUGACUUCAUUCUCAGAGGAUUACUUUCUCUUGAAGUGCUGAAGGCUCCAGGCACCAUCUAUAAUGACAACUCCCAACUUUCCAGCUCAUCUCCAGCCUGUGCUUCUCCCCGACUCAACUCAUUUUCAACCACGUGCUAGGCCUCCACCCUUGGAUGUCGAAGAGCCAUCUCCAGUUCCACCCAGUUCAUCUUCAUCAGAACAUCUAUGAGUCGUCGUCUCUGCAGUCCAUUUGUUUGCCCGCUUGGGAACAGCAAGCUCCUUAAGGGCAGGACUACUACCGCGCUCUCAGAGGCGCUGCACUGGAACAUCGCGGGCACAGGGCAGCGUUGGUCACUGCUCCUGGGUACUAGGGCAGCAAAUAAACCCAGCAGCUGCGUCUGUCUGCCUGGAGUUGGAUCUUUUUGGUAUAGAUCCAAACGUAGAAGUAUAAGGUCUACGUUUAUGUACUUGUCAGAUAUUUAAUGACCUCCAACGAUAGACAUGCCCCCCCAACACCUCCUUCAGUCUUUUUGAUUCUUUGAGAACCUUUGAACCACGCAGGAUCCUAGCCCUAGGGUGCGGUCGGACUUGCCGCGACGCCAGCCGCCGGGGCUCCUUCCCGAGGCGCCGCCAUGGGAUCCGCGGUGACCUACGAGGGGCGGCUGGGUGGUGGCCAUUGGGCGACGGCGCAGGGUCAAGGGCCGGGCUCUGGGAUCGUGGGGAGACCGGGGGUCCCGGAGCCCCGCAGCCCCGCAGGCCACUGCCUCGCCGCCCGACGUCACUUCCGACUGGAGUCAAGAUGGCGGCGGCGCGGCCGCGGGCGCCGGGGCCGGCGGAACAGCGGCGGCGGCGGCGGCCCUCGGUGCUCUGAGGCGCUGGCGCGGCGGGCGCGGAACACUACUGAGCCUGUGGCGGCCACCGAGACCCUGGCUGAGGUACCCGAACAUGUGCUGCGAGGACUUCCGGAGGAAGUGAGGCUUUUCCCUUCUGCUGUUGACAAGACCCGGAUUGGUGUCUGGGCCACUAAACCAAUUUUAAAAGGCAAAAAAUUUGGGCCAUUUGUUGGUGAUAAGAAAAAAAGAUCUCAGGUUAAGAAUAAUGUAUACAUGUGGGAGGUGUAUUACCCAAAUUUGGGAUGGAUGUGCAUUGAUGCCACUGAUCCAGAGAAGGGAAACUGGCUGCGAUAUGUGAAUUGGGCUUGCUCAGGAGAAGAGCAAAAUUUAUUCCCACUGGAAAUCAACAGAGCCAUUUACUAUAAAACUUUAAAGCCAAUCGCGCCGGGCGAGGAGCUCCUGGUCUGGUACAAUGGGGAAGACAACCCUGAGAUAGCAGCUGCGAUUGAGGAAGAGCGAGCCAGCGCCCGGAGCAAGCGGAGCUCCCCCAAGAGCCGGAAAGGGAAGAAAAAAUCCCAGGAAAAUAAAAACAAAGGAAACAAAAUCCAAGACAUACAACUGAAGAUAAGUGAGCCAGAUUUCACCUCUGCAAAUAUGAGAGAUUCUGCAGAAGGUCCUAAAGAAGACGAAGAGAAGCCUUCAGCCUCAGCACUUGAGCAGCCGGCCACCCUCCAGGAGGUGGCCAGUCAGGAGGUGCCUCCAGAACUAGCAACCCCUGCCCCUGCCUGGGAGCCACAGCCAGAACCAGACGAGCGAUUAGAAGCGGCAGCUUGUGAGGUGAAUGAUUUGGGGGAAGAGGAGGAGGAGGAAGAGGAGGAGGAUGAAGAAGAAGAAGAAGAAGAAGAAGAUGAUGAGUUGGAAGACGAGGGGGAAGAAGCAGCCAGCAUGCCAAAUGAAAAUUCUGUGAAAGAGCCAGAAAUACGGUGUGAUGAGAAGCCAGAAGAUUUAUUAGAGGAACCAAAAACAACUUCAGAAGAAACUCUUGAAGACUCCUCAGAGGUAACACCUGCCAUGCAGAUCCCCAGAACUAAAGAAGAGGCCAAUGGUGAUGUAUUUGAAACGUUUAUGUUUCCGUGUCAACAUUGUGAAAGGAAGUUUACAACCAAACAGGGGCUUGAGCGUCACAUGCAUAUCCAUAUAUCCACCGUCAAUCAUGCUUUCAAAUGCAAGUACUGUGGGAAAGCCUUUGGCACACAGAUUAACCGGCGGCGACAUGAGCGGCGCCAUGAAGCAGGGUUAAAGCGGAAACCCAGCCAAACACUACAGCCGUCAGAGGAUCUGGCUGAUGGCAAAGCAUCUGGAGAAAACGUUGCUUCAAAAGAUGAUUCGAGUCCUCCCAAUCUUGGGCCAGACUGUCUGAUCAUGAAUUCAGAGAAGGCUUCCCAAGACACAAUAAAUUCUUCUGUCGUAGAAGAGAAUGGGGAAGUUAAAGAACUUCAUCCGUGCAAAUAUUGUAAAAAGGUUUUUGGAACUCAUACUAAUAUGAGACGGCAUCAGCGUAGAGUUCACGAACGUCAUCUGAUUCCCAAAGGUGUACGGCGAAAAGGAGGCCUUGAAGAGCCCCAGCCUCCAGCAGAACAGGCCCAGGCCACCCAGAACGUAUAUGUACCAAGCACAGAGCCGGAGGAGGAAGGGGAAGCAGAUGACGUGUACAUCAUGGACAUUUCUAGCAAUAUCUCUGAAAACUUAAAUUACUAUAUUGAUGGUAAAAUUCAAACUAAUAACAACACUAGUAACUGUGAUGUGAUUGAGAUGGAGUCUGCUUCGGCAGAUUUGUAUGGUAUAAAUUGUCUGCUCACUCCAGUUACAGUGGAAAUUACUCAAAAUAUAAAGACCACACAGGUCCCUGUAACAGAAGAUCUUCCUAAAGAGCCUUCGGGCAGCACAAAUAGUGAGGCCAAGAAGCGGAGAACUGCGAGCCCACCUGCACUGCCCAAAAUUAAGGCCGAAACAGACUCUGACCCCAUGGUCCCCUCUUGCUCUUUAAGUCUUCCUCUUAGCAUAUCAACAACAGAGGCAGUGUCUUUCCAUAAAGAGAAAAGUGUUUAUUUGUCAUCAAAGCUCAAACAACUUCUUCAAACCCAAGAUAAACUAACUCCUCCUGCGGGGAUUUCAGCAGCUGAAAUAGCUAAAUUAGGUCCUGUUUGUGUGUCUGCUCCUGCAUCAAUGUUGCCUGUGACCUCAAGUAGGUUUAAGAGGCGGACCAGCUCUCCUCCCAGUUCUCCACAGCACAGUCCUGCCCUUCGAGACUUUGGAAAGCCAAGUGAUGGGAAAGCAGCAUGGACCGAUGCUGGGCUGACUUCCAAAAAAUCCAAAUUAGAAAGUCACAGCGACUCACCAGCAUGGAGUUUGUCUGGGAGAGAUGAGAGAGAAACUGUGAGCCCUCCAUGCUUUGAUGAAUAUAAAAUGUCUAAAGAGUGGACAGCCAGUUCUGCUUUUAGCAGUGUGUGCAACCAGCAGCCACUGGAUUUAUCCAGCGGUGUCAAACAGAAGGCUGAGGGUACAGGCAAGACUCCGGUCCAGUGGGAAUCUGUCUUAGAUCUCAGUGUGCAUAAAAAGCAUUGUAGUGACUCUGAAGGCAAGGAAUUCAAAGAAAGUCAUUCAGUGCAGCCUACGUGUAGUGCUGUAAAGAAAAGGAAACCAACCACCUGCAUGCUGCAGAAGGUUCUUCUCAAUGAAUAUAAUGGCAUCGAUUUACCUGUAGAAAACCCUGCAGAUGGGACCAGGAGCCCAAGUCCUUGUAAAUCCCUAGAAGCUCAGCCAGAUCCUGACCUCGGUCCGGGCUCUGGUUUCCCUGCCCCUACUGUUGAGUCCACACCUGAUGUUUGUCCUUCAUCACCUGCCCUGCAGACACCCUCCCUUUCAUCCGGUCAGCUGCCUCCUCUCUUGAUCCCCACAGAUCCCUCUUCCCCUCCACCCUGUCCCCCGGUAUUAACUGUUGCCACUCCGCCCCCUCCCCUCCUUCCUACCGUACCUCUUCCAGCCCCCUCUUCCAGUGCAUCUCCACACCCAUGCCCCUCUCCACUCUCAAAUGCCACCGCACAGUCCCCACUUCCAAUUCUGUCCCCAACAGUGUCCCCCUCUCCCUCUCCCAUUCCUCCUGUGGAGCCCCUGAUGUCUGCCGCCUCACCCGGGCCUCCAACGCUUUCCUCCUCCUCCUCUUCAUCUUCCUCCUCCUCUUCGUUUUCUUCUUCAUCUUCCUCCUCUUCUCCUUCUCCACCUCCUCUCUCCGCAAUAUCAUCUGUUGUUUCCUCUGGUGAUAAUCUGGAGGCUUCUCUCCCCAUGAUAUCUUUCAAACAGGAGGAAUUAGAGAAUGAAGGUCUGAAACCCAGGGAAGAGCCCCAGUCUGCUGCUGAACAGGAUGUUGUUGUUCAGGAAACAUUCAACAAAAACUUUGUUUGCAACGUCUGUGAAUCACCUUUUCUUUCCAUUAAAGAUCUAACCAAACAUUUAUCUAUUCAUGCUGAAGAAUGGCCCUUCAAAUGUGAAUUUUGUGUGCAGCUUUUUAAGGAUAAAACGGACUUGUCAGAACAUCGCUUUUUGCUUCAUGGAGUUGGGAAUAUCUUUGUGUGUUCUGUUUGUAAAAAAGAAUUUGCUUUUUUGUGCAAUUUGCAGCAGCACCAGCGAGAUCUCCACCCAGAUAAGGUGUGCACACAUCACGAGUUUGAAAGCGGGACUCUGAGGCCCCAGAACUUUACAGAUCCCAGCAAGGCCCAUGUAGAGCAUAUGCAGAGCUUGCCAGAAGAUCCUUUAGAAACUUCUAAAGAAGAAGAGGAGUUAAACGAUUCCUCUGAAGAGCUUUACACGACUAUAAAAAUAAUGGCUUCUGGAAUAAAGACAAAAGAUCCAGAUGUUCGAUUGGGCCUCAAUCAGCAUUACCCAAGCUUUAAACCACCUCCAUUUCAGUACCAUCACCGUAACCCCAUGGGGAUUGGUGUGACAGCCACAAAUUUCACUACACACAAUAUUCCACAGACUUUCACUACCGCCAUUCGCUGCACAAAGUGUGGAAAAGGUGUCGACAACAUGCCGGAGUUGCACAAACAUAUCCUGGCUUGUGCUUCUGCAAGUGACAAGAAGAGGUACACGCCUAAGAAAAACCCAGUACCGUUAAAACAAACUGUGCAACCCAAAAAUGGCGUGGUGGUUUUAGAUAACUCUGGGAAAAAUGCCUUCCGACGAAUGGGACAGCCCAAAAGGCUUAACUUUAGUGUUGAGCUCAGCAAAAUGUCGUCGAAUAAGCUCAAAUUAAAUGCAUUGAAGAAAAAAAAUCAGCUAGUACAGAAAGCAAUUCUUCAGAAAAACAAAUCUGCAAAGCAGAAGGCCGACUUGAAAAAUGCUUGUGAGUCAUCCUCUCACAUCUGCCCUUACUGUAAUCGAGAGUUCACUUACAUUGGAAGCCUGAAUAAACACGCCGCCUUCAGCUGUCCCAAAAAACCCCUUUCUCCUCCCAAAAAAAAAGUUUCUCAUUCAUCUAAGAAAGGUGGACACUCAUCACCUGCAAGUAGUGACAAAAACAGUAACAGCAACCACCGCAGACGGACAGCGGAUGCGGAGAUUAAAAUGCAAAGCAUGCAGACUCCGUUGGGCAAGACCAGAGCCCGCAGCUCAGGCCCCACCCAAGUCCCACUUCCCUCCUCAUCCUUCAGGUCCAAGCAGAACGUCAAGUUUGCAGCUUCGGUGAAAUCCAAAAAACCAAGCUCCUCCUCUUUAAGGAACUCCAGCCCGAUAAGAAUGGCCAAAAUAACUCAUGUUGAGGGGAAAAAACCUAAAGCUGUGGCCAAGAAUCAUUCUGCUCAGCUUUCCAGCAAAACAUCGCGGAGCCUGCACGUGAGGGUACAGAAAAGCAAAGCUGUUUUACAAAGCAAAUCCACCUUGGCGAGUAAGAAAAGAACAGACCGGUUCAAUAUAAAAUCUAGAGAGCGGAGCGGGGGGCCAGUCACCCGAAGCCUUCAGCUGGCAGCUGCUGCUGACUUGAGUGAGAACAAGAGAGAGGACGGCAGCGCCAAGCAGGAGCUGAAGGACUUCAGCUACAGCCUCCGCUUGGCGUCCCGAUGCUCUCCACCAGCGGCCCCGUACAUCACCAGGCAGUAUAGGAAGGUCAAAGCUCCGGCUGCAGCCCAGUUCCAGGGACCAUUCUUCAAAGAGUAGACACUCUGGCUGCUCCCUGACAGCACCUGAAGUGACCUGGAAUCAGUGAAGCCAAAGGGACUGGCAGUCUGCCCUGCAGGGAGUACUGACCUAUCCCAGUUGUGUGAGGCUGCGAGAGAAAGGGAGUGCAUGUGCGCGCGUGCAUGUGUGCGUGCGUGUGUGUUCACGUGUACUCGUGCGGGCGCGUGAGUGGUCUUCAAACGAGGGUCCCGAACCCCGGGGCGGCAGGAAGGGGGCCGACUCCACGCUGUCCUUUGGGAUGAUACUUGGAUGCAGCUCUUGGGACCGUGUUCUGCAGCCCAGCCUUCCUGUUGGGGUGGGGCCUCUCCUACUAUGCAAUUUUUCAAGAGCUCCUUGACCCUGCUUUUUGCUUCUUGAGUUGUCUUUUGCCAUUACGGGGACUUUGGUUUGACACAGGGGUCAGCCUUAGGAAGGCCUUCAGGAGGAGGCCGAGUUCCCCUUCAGUACCACCCCUCUCUCCCCACCUUCCCUCUCCCGGCAACAUCUCUGGGAAUCAACAGCAUAUUGACACGUUGGAACCGAGCCUGAACAUGCCCCUCGGCCCCAGCACAUGGAAAACCCCCUUCCUUGCCUAAGGUGUCUGAGUUUCUGGCUCUUGAGUCAUUUCCAGACUUGAAAUUCUCAUCAGUCCAUUGCUCUUGAGUCUUUGCAGAGAACCUCAGAUCAGGUGCACCUGGGAGAAAGACUUUGUCCCCACUUACAGAUCUGUCUCCUCCCUUGGGAAGGGCAGGGAAUGGGGACGGUGUAUGGAGGGGAGGGAUCUCCUGCGCCCUUCAUUGCCGCACUUGGUGGGACCACGAACAUCUUUAGUGUCUGAGCUUCUCAAAUUAGCUGCAAUAGGAAAAAAACAAAUUGGGAAAUGAAAAAAAAAUGGGAAGAUUAAAAAGCACAGGGGGAAGAAGAGAUUUUGGAGGCCAUCCUGCCAGGGGCGGACGGGGCUGACUCCUGCUCUCUGGAGGACGGUCAGUCCAUGUCUCGGAGAAACGGGUGAGCUGAGCUUGGCGUUUGGACCCAGUUCAGUGAGGUUCUUGGGUUUUGUGCCUUUGGGGCAGACCCCAGACAAGGAUGUCUGAGACCACUUGGGCGCUGUUUUCUCAGCUCCAAUUUCAAUAGUGAGCUAUCAAACCCAGAGCGGAAGGAGGGAGCUCUGAUGAGCACGAUUUGUCACACGAUAAAGGGAUUUUUUUUUCAGGGCUACUACGGUUGAUCUUGCAACUCUGUAAAUAUGUAUGUAGACACUUUUAAAAGCACGUAUUUAUGUCCCUGACUGUAAAUGCUCCAUUUUUAAAGUUUUAUAACUUGUGUUAUUUAAUGAGUCAGUCAAUCGGCUGCAGUAUGGGAUCUGAUAAGGAUCUAGGAGAAGGGUCUCAUGCGGACCCUCACAUGGGCAGAAAAAUGGUGGUCAUUGGCCGACAUCGCAGUUUUCCUGUUUCCCACCCAGCUAAAAACCGUUGUUUGUUUUAAAUUUUCAUAAACUGGAAUCCUUUCACCCGCUCCUACAGCUAACCCUCACAAGCAUGAAGUGCUGUGGCUGUUCCUUAUCCUAAUGAUGCGCUUUUGUCCCAUAAAUGUUAACACUCAUGAAGCAUACCCCAGCCUCUCAGUUCUUGAGGGCCUCCCCCUGCAGCAGCAAGGAAAGCUCACGAACCCCAAACCUGGCAAGUCACCUGCAGCCCACGGUGAGCUCUGGGAAGUGUGGUUGAGGCCUUGGGGUCACUCCUUUUUUGCAUGUGCAAAUGUGCUGGUCACCCUUCAACGCUCCCAGACGGUCAGGAAAACUGUUCCAAUCGUGAAAAGGGGGGAUGAUUUUGUAAAAGUGGCGUUUCCUGGUCAGUGGUGAUCUUCAAGACGACAGCUCCGUAUCUGCCAUGUGAAGAGAAUUAACAAUAAAAGUGUGAAGAGCGAUUGUGAGGAACAA